UUAUUGCAAUAACGGAUAUGAUAAGCUGAUCUGCGCGUCUGAUUUUAUCCUACAUUCUUCUUCGUUUAUUGCAGAGGAAAUAUCUUAGCGUUUGACAUGAAAGAAAGCGGCUUAAAUACGGGCAUGUUUCUGACAUUUCCUUUGCUUUAUAUUGCAGCGUCUCUUCUGUACGUGUGUGUGGAUUGUUCAUGUUCUUUUAGUGGAAUGCCUGGUGGUCCUACUGGAGAACCGCCUGUUACUACAUGUAACUACUUGGGAUGGAUAAUUGAGGCUAACUCGUCUUUCAAGUCCCCAGCCCCAUACUGUGAAGAGUGCACUUGUUAUGGUUUUGGAUCUUACAGUUGCUGCGGAUACGGAUGGAAAGGAGGUUAUAUUGGUAUACCUGGCUGUAGAAGAGUUAUUGACAAUAGUACAUGUGAUCAUCUGUUUGUUGACAUGAUUGACGAGACACAACCGUGUAGACCAGUUUCACGAAUACCAGCUUAGGCGUUUCAUUUGAUUACGUUAAGGCAAAAAUGUUUGCAAUUAACGUUGUUUAGUUAAUUAAAAGCGCUUCUGUUAAUGCAUCGACAAUUAAUUAAUUAAAUAAAAUCCAUGGCAAUUUG